GGCAAGUUGACCAACUCGCUAUCAAUACUUCUCAGUGAUCACUACGAUCCAGGAUGAUUGUCCUCGCGUGGUCUUUGUUCGUGCUGGUCUCGUUACUCGUCGCCACUAAUCAAGCCUUUCUUGCUGCUCCUGCACCAGUGAAAAUAAUGGUGAACCGUUACUUCGUCACGUGAUUUCGUUUAUCGAUACGAUCGAGAAAUUUUGGAUAUAUCGAUAAAGUGACUUUCGAAUAGUUUGACAAGAAAUCGAUGUAAGGAAACAGUCAACGUUCUCACAUGGUAUUUCCGGCUGUAUUUCCGUGUUGACGAGAAAUUGGCUCACAUGUUUUUAACCUCGCUCGUAACACAGAGAGGCGAAAACUUGUUUCAAUAGAAGUUUCUGGUAAACGGUGUGACUUUCUCGCGUGUUUGAUAAGACAGCGAGUGUAAACAGUGAUCGGCGAGACCCGGGUCUGUUCGGCUUUCACCCGAAGACCCACGCGGAUUCGUACGGUUUCGUGAAUGAAUCGCGACUACGAUUUCGUGAUGCGUGGUUCGACCGUGUGUUUCGGUGUGUCAUCGUUAAUCCUCUAUAAAUAGGAUUUCACCUACUUAUGAGAAAUAUAGUUCACGGAGCGUCGAGUUACGAUGUCACUGGCGUGCAGCGACGAUUGGAGAGCUACGAGGUGAUUCAUAAAGUUAAUAACAACCAACACCCAGUUGAUUCGACAAGCAAUAAUCAUGACGAUGAACAAACGGUUUAUGUGUUCGAAUUUGAAUCCGAGUCGAAUGAGAAAGAAGAAAGUCUGCAAGAAGGAAAGGAGACACCUUCUGGCGGAUUUAUUUAUGUUUCAGACGAGGAAGACGAUCAAAAUCCAUUGGAUCCCUGGUCGAUCGUUUGGUACAUCGGUUCGUUCGGCGGUCUGGUCGCCUUUUUCCUCAUCGUCAGUUGUUCAGAAUGGUGCUGUCGUCGUGGUGGAAGGUCGCUAUCGGUCCCUUAUUCUCAACGAAACGAGGUGAUCAACGGACCGGUAGUAACCGAAACACCACCCCCACCUUAUCAUUUGUUCGCGCCACCCUCGUACGAUUCUGUGAACUAUGGGGAGAUAACGGACAAGACUUCCGGGGAAAAGGUUGAUAUAUAUGUGAUAUCGGUGCCACUUCAUAGACCUGUGGUACAGGCACCAGCCUAAAAUUUCCUCGAAGAGACCCUCGAACGGAGGAUACCGGUCGAAUUGAAAUGGAAACGACACCGAUCGAGUCGACAUCCAUUGACAAUCGUUCGUUGGUCCAUCAGUGGACGCAAUAGUACGAGAACGAUAUAUAUAUGGUAUCGCUUUUGAAAGAAUUUAUUGAAGCUUUCUCGGUGAUAUAUGCAUCUUCCUUUAAACUGGGAGAAUUUUUGACAAUCGUUCGCCGAUCUGAUGAACAAUAAACGUUGAAAACGAGAUCGAGAAGAGACGAAGAACGAGCUUGAUAAAUUAUUCGUUUGAAUAUUGAGGAUACUUUUGAAUAUCGCCAACUUGGUACACAUAAGUAUCACGAUGUAUAUAUGUAUGUGUGAAUAAUAAAUUUGAAUAUUACGAAAUGAAUAUAGAGAAGAUUUUUGCUCGUCGUUGAAGGAACAAAUAAUCUUUCACGAAGAUUAUUAAUAAUAGGAUAAGGAAUUUGGAAAGGUUGGGAAGACAUUUAUGAAACGAAGAGACGCGAGAAGUUUCGAAUCUCUCGAAUGAUGAUUGAUGGACACCGAAAAUUCCGAACUGUUAAGAAGAUUUCGAAAUAUUGUUACCGAGUAUUUAAAGAGACUUUAUAUUUCUGUGUAAACAGUGAAUGAAGAAAAGAAGAAAGAAAGGCCGGUUGUAAAUAUUUUUAGAAUUUAAAAAUAUCAAAGGAGGAGGAAGAAACAAAAAAAUGGCAAUGAGAAAUUUCAUCGUAUACACUCCGACUAGAUCAAAUUAAUGAAGCAAUGUUCUCUGUGAUGAUGUUCAUAAAACGAAUUAAAAUUAGAAUGAAGUUAAGACGUGCUUUUUAAAAAAAAUGAAUCCGUUGCACGGAUAUUAAGCGAACAACUUUUUUUUCAUUUUUUUUUUUUUUAAGAAGCUGAAUAGAAAAUCAACGAAAUACAAACAUAAUGUAUAUUCGAGCUCAAUUUUAUUCGAUAAAUGAACAAAUGAUUUAGGAUCAGUCGCGAGUGUUUAAUUAAACGAAUUAUUUAUCCGAUCACUGCCUGAUUAGAUGAAUGAUUCGAAAUCAUUCUGAUCCUUUAUUAACAUUUGUUAGUUGCUAGUUUUUGAGUUCACGACAUGUCAUACCAAGUCUUGUGACUUGUCGUAGCAAGUUGAGAGAACAAAAAAACUGCCAUAUUUUCGUAUACCAUUAAUUUUUAAGAUCAGUCUUACGCUAUUU